AUGGACCUUAGGAUCUUGAUCUCAUCCUCACUAGUGGCGGCACUAGUUUUGCUUUCAAGCAUUCACAACUUUUAUAAAGCAGAAGGUCGCAUUGUGUCAGAAGAAGAGGAUUUGGAGUUGGAGACACAACUCAAAAUUCUUAAUAAACCACCGACUAAGACCAUUGUUGCUACAAAUGGUGAUAUAGUUGACUGCAUAGACAUCUACAGACAACUAGCUUUCAAUAAUCCAUUGCUCAAGAAUCACAAACACAAGGCUACAAAUGGUGAUAUAGUUGACUGCAUAGACAUCUACAGACAACUAGCUUUCAAUAAUCCAUUGCUCAAGAAUCACAAACACAAGGCUACAAAUGGUGAUAUAGUUGACUGCAUAGACAUCUACAGACAACUAGCUUUCAAUAAUCCAUUGCUCAAGAAUCACAAACACAAGAUAAAACGUAUAAUCAAACAAGAAUUAUUACUAGAUGGAGCAAAUGCAUCCAGUAAAAGCAUCUCAGCCUUGGAGCAUUAUUACAAUGAAAGUCAUUGUCCUUUCGGGACAGUACCAGUAAUAAGGACUACAAAGAAGCAGUUGGUAUACCCAGAAUUAUUUGGCGAUGCAGAUACUCUAAUAUUUGCUUACUGGACGGGUGACGGGUAUAGAAAAAUGGGAUGCUUCAAUAUGCUUUGCAGCGGCUUCGUACUAGUUAACCAUGAAAUUCCGCUUGGUGCAUCUCUUGCAAAUACCGGAAGAGCAUUUCUUGGCUCCAGAGUCGUUCGGGUAAACUCCAACUCUAAAUCCUCCUAUGAGAGUUUAUGA